AUGGCACUAACUAAUUCUUCACAACCUUGGAGACUUGAAAUGAGCCCAAUAUUGGUCGGAUUUUUUGGAAUCAUGGCUGGUGCUAUAAUCGUUGCACUAUGCCAUUGUAUAUUUGUGUUUCACGAUUGCUUGUCGAGGACUAGAAGAACAAGUCAGGAGAAUCAAAGGCAAAUUACGCGCAAUAUUGGACAAGAGCAUGCCUCGACUGCCACCAACUCAAGCAAUUCAUCAGUGCAAUUGAUCAUUGCAUCGAAGCACACCAGAGAAUCCAAAGAUGAUGUAUGUGCUGUGUGCUUGAGCGAAUUUAAGGAAGGCGAUGGCGUCAGAUUAUUGCCUGAAUGCACGCAUAUAUUUCAUGUAACAUGUAUCGAUAAGUGGUUGGAUAGUCAUCAUAAUUGCCCUCUUUGUCGUGCAAAUACUCUGCAUCCAUCAGAUCAUCUCGAAAUUACAUUGUCGGAUUCUAAUCUUGUUCCACCAUCGGAGCUUUAG